ACAUACAUAUAUUCUCACUCUCACAUACAUAUAUUCUCACUCUCAUAUACAUACAUUCUCCUUUCACAUACAUAUAUUCUCACUCUCACAUACAUAUAUUCUCACUCUCACAUACAUAUAUUCUCACUCUCACAUACAUACAUUCUCCUUUCACAUACAUAUAUUCUCACUCUCAUAUACAUACAUUCUCCUUUCACAUACAUAUAUUCUCACUCUCACAAACAAAUGUAUGUGUGUGUAAAGAAAAUAUAUGUCUGUAAGAGAAGAAUGUAUGUGUGUAUGAGGAGAAUGUAUGUGUGUAUGAGGAGAAUGUAUGUGUGUAUGAGGAGAAUGUAUGUGUGUAUGAGCGAAAGUAUAGUGGAAACGGAAGGCGUAUAGUGGAAACGGAAGGCAGAACAUUUCUCGCGCUGUGAUUGGCUGUCAACCUACCCUGUGAUUGGCUGAGAAACUCGAGGCGGGUCAUGUUCAGGUCGCGACCAGCAUGGACGGAGAAGAGACCGCUUUGCAGCAAGCUAUUGGAGUUUUGAGGACGAUUUUAACAUCCCCCGACACCAUUUCGUCUAUUGAGCAACAGAGGGCAUGCUCUUCUGCACCAAGAGUUGUUCACAACACGGCAGAAAGUGAAUUGAGGCAACUUUUUAGACCAGGGGGCAACUCACAACUCAGUGCUACAGGUCAAGCUACACAAGACCAGACCGGAGGAUCACGGCAGUCUUUGCGAUUUCAAACGCAGCAGCACUUUGGCAAUUGGGGCUCUCGUCCGAGGAAAAGAUACUCGAUGAAGAUCCUUUUAAGGAUGAUGGCAGCGAUGACAACAAUUUGUGUUCCAAUCGCCAACUGCGGUCCUCAUCUCUAACGCAAGCUAGACCCUCUUAUGCAUCUUCAGACAGUUUGACCAGUCUAACAACUGCCUCCCCAUCGAAAAAUACUGCCUCAUCACUUGGACGUGGAGUGUUCUCCAUUCAUACUCCAGCCUCAUCCUACCACAGCAAUGUCUCACCUAACACCACCAUUUCAGCAAGCGGUUCUUCUAAUCAACUGCCAGUAUGUCCCUCCACCAGUCAGCCUUCUACCUUACCAUUUGGGGGAACAACUUCAGUUGAUCCAACCCUGGUCCUCACUUGGCCAAACAGUACAAGCUCACUCUACCAAAGUAGCACUCCAGCAAGUCAUUCCCCUGAGUUACCCUCUACCUCAACACACCAUCAAGCAACAAACUAUAAUAACUACCUUUCAAUAGUGUCUGUACUGUCUGACCUUUCUUCUAAUGAGGAGGAACUGAACCAGGCUAUACUAGCAAGCUUGCAUAGUGAAAGGACCACAGGAUGUUGGAUGCCAGCAAAAGAUAUCUUGCAAGAUCUUGCAACAAAAAUAACCCAACAGAAGAGAUGCAAGUUUAACAUUAACCGAUCAACAGUCUUGGAUGGAGCCAUCAGAGGUUUUAAACGAGCGACAUAUGAUCCAUGCCACACUAUUUCUGUCAGAUUUUCUGAUGAUAUGGGAGUACCUGAAGAGGCUGUGGACUUGGGUGGACAAAGAAGGGAAUUUCUAACAUUGCUUAUGGAAGCUUUGCCCAGAUCUCAAAUGUUUGAGGGAGAAGAAGGCAAAAUGAACUUGGCCUUUGACAGUACUGCCAUGAGAGAGGACCGGUACUUCAUUGCAGGCAGGGCCAUCGCAGUAAGCCUUGUACACGGUGGACCUCCCGCAGGCUUUCUGUCCCCAACUCUCUUCUCUUGCCUUGUUGACGGCCCAGAAUUGGCAAAGCCAGUAUUGGCAGAUGUUGCAGAUAGUGACCUACGUGACAAAAUCAAAAGGGUCAUAGAGUGUAAAGUAUUUGAAGAACUGCUAGCAACCACAAAGCCACUUGAGGAGUAUUUGGCCAAUGCUGGCUGCCUGAGACCGCUGCGAAAGUUGGAAGACAAGAACCUGCUUGUAGAUGACAUCCUGAUGUUUCAAGUGAUGCACAGAGUGCGUGGUCCUUUCGAGAGAUUUAGGGAUGGACUGAGAACCCUUGGUGUGCUGGACAAAAUCAAAGCUCAUCCGGAGAGUUUUCUUCCCCUCCUAUGCUGGUCUCCUACAACCCUCACAGCUGACCUGAUUGAAAGCCUCUUCACCAUCCGCCUUUCUCCAGCUGGCAGCAAUAAAAGGCAUUCUGAAGAAGUUGUUGUUCCUUUCUGGAGAGACUACCUAACCGAUGCAGAAGAGCAAGAAGAAACACAGAAGCUAGGGACGAUUCUCGCCUUUGCCACCGGAGCCAAUAUUGUUCCACCAAUUGGCUUCUCUCCACAUCCUUCAAUUGAAUUUCUUCACCAGGAGCAUGACGCAGGAACUACCUCAAAACUACCAAUUGCAAACACAUGCAUCAAUUGUCUGAAGUUACCACUGCACACUUCUUACAAAGACUUUCAGGAAAACAUGGACUUUGCAUUGGGCAAUACCCAUGGUUUUGGCAUAGCUUAGUAUGCAUGCAGAGAGGCCUUCUCAGUAUUCUGUUGUACGGUCUAGCUCAUACAGAUACUGUAGAUAUACAUGAAGCAGCACUGAAAUAAUCACACAACCGUUCCUGACAUGCAUAUAUUUGGUGUCAUUCCACAUUUGUUCCAUUUAUAUUAUAAAGAAGGUGCUUACCAUUUUAUACUGACUACAGUUCAGAUUGUUCAUCAUAUUAUAAAGAAGGUGCUUACCAUUUUAUACUGACUACAGUUCAGAUUGUUCAUCAUAUUAUAAAGAAGGUGCUUACCAUUUUAUACUGACUACAGUUCAGAUUGUUCAGAGUUCAAUGAAGGUAAAACAAUAUCAGAAACCAUUGUGGAGUAAGUAAGCAUUGCUUUCUAAAUCUGAUCUACACACCGGCAUUAUGUUGACAGAUUUUAAUUUGGUGUUAGUGAUGCCCUAAAAUUGACUUGUUACUCCUGUUCUUUGACUAAUAAAAUGUUACACU